UCCGGUUUUGAUACAGACGAUGCUAAUUUUUCAAUGUUUUAGUCGGUGUCAACGUCUUGAAAUAUGAAAAUAAAUUCGUGUACAAAGAUAAUUGGCAGCAAAAUUGUUUUAAUUCCAUACCGAGAACAUCAUGUUCCAAAAUAUCAUCUCUGGAUGCAAGAUAAGGAAUUACUGGAUUUGACAGCUUCCGAACGACUGUCUCUUGAGGAGGAGUAUGCCAUGCAAAAAUCAUGGUUUGAAGAGGAAGAUAAGUGCACAUUUAUUGUUCUCGACAAAAACAUCUUUGAUGAUUCUGAUGAUGAAAUAGAUUCCAUGAUUGGGGAUGUUAAUUUAUUUUUUAAUGUUGAAGAAGAACCCAAAACAGCAGAAAUUGAAAUAAUGAUAGCUGAUCCUGUUCAUCGAUGUAAAGGUAAAGGUAGAGAAGCAUUACUCCUUAUGAUGCGAUAUGGGGUUGAUGUUCUAAAUGUUGAUAAAUUCAUAGCCAAAAUCAAAGCAAACAAUGAAAGAAGUUUGAAAUUAUUUGAAUCCAUUGGAUUUGUUCAGAUUGGGAAAAGUGAGAUUUUUCAAGAGAUUGAAACAGUUUGUAAUGUAACAGAAACGUGGAAAAUGAAGCUCAUGACAGAAGCAAAGAGUUUUCAAAUAAAAUCUUAUGAAUAACAAAUUCUUUAGAAGUUUUUU